AUCUCUGCACUUUGGAGGUCCACGGAGGAGAGUCUUGUGAUCAAUUUUGGAGCACUUUUGCGAGUUUUGCUGAAUUUUUCGGGUUUUCCCAGCGAACCAGCUUCCGAUCCGCGUCGCAGCCAUGCCCUUCUGUGGACCAAAACUGUCCCUGUGCGGACUGAUCAUCUCCGUGUGGGGAAUCAUCCAGCUGCUGCUGAUGGGUGUGUUCUACUACAUCCACAGUGUGGCCCUGAUUGAGGAUCUUCCGCUGGAGGCGCAUUAUCCAACUCCGGCCGACUUUUACGCAGCGGCCGAUCGUGCCUACAGUCAGAAUGCGUACAACUGCUGGAUCGCAGCCUGCAUCUACGUCGUAACUUUGGUGGUUUCCGGCCAGCAAUUUUACGCCAACAGCCGUACGACCGUGGCUUAAACGCUCCGUGGCCACAUUCAUCCUCCCCUGGGGCCAUUACCCGGGGGCUUUAAAAAAAAUCAGUAAUUAUUGUAAAAUCAACGAUUGUAAAUAUUCGUUUCUUCUGUAAUACGCGCGUCCCGCUACAUCAACAUACAAACAAACGGAUUCAGAUUGUGUUCCCGUGCGGAAAUCUUAAGCCCCAGAAGAUUGUAAGCCCCACAUUCCUCACACUUCCGGUCGUCGUCUAUGAAAUUUGUUUUUCGUUGUUUUAGAAUUUCUGUCUUAUGUGUCGGAAAAGAACGAUGGACACGCGCACUGUUUGUGAGCCAGACUACCAAAAUGUUAUAAAUACAAAUCCAACAUACAUUACGGAAAUAUAGUGAAUAAAGUGUAAAAAAAGCUA